AUGCCAGCGCUUCGCUACGCUUGUGUGGCUGCACUGGCUGCUGCCCUAGUGACUGGCACCGUGUGCUCGGUUGGAGCGGUAUCGGCUGAUGAAGUGGUUGUGGUGAACGAACAGAACGCGAAGGCCACUGCCCUUCAAUUGAUGGAAGGAGUGCAGGAUUUACUAGGACAGUUCCACGAACACCGCGACAGUUUAGAAGCUGCUUCUCCAGCUUACAGAGAGCUGGGGAGUGUCCUGCAACUGCCAAUGUUCUAUCUAGAGGAGCUCAUGACGUAUUUGGAGCGUUUCAUGGCGAGUGGCGCAUUGCAGGUACCUUUUCAGGUGGGAACAGAGAUCCCUCCCGCUGCCCCAGCACCCGCAGUGGCGGACAUGUCUCCGUCAAUCGCUGAGAGGAGGCGUGCACGAGGCGGAAACUCUGAGAUCCGGGUUUUCCUGAAUGUUGCGCCAUUAACAAUGUUACAGAAGAUAUGCCAUGGGCACAGGAGUAUCUGCGCUGCUGAAUUCGAGGACUCCCUAUUUCAGGCAGUAUCUGUUGUUGCAAAUGAUCCCAGCUUUACAAGAAAUCGACUGAAACUGGCAGGUCUUUCCGCGAGGAACACUGGCGUCGAGCAAAUUGUCGUCAUAACAGAUGAUAGCGACCUCCGGCUUGCCGAGCUCGCAAAGCAGGCACUGCUUGAUAUUGCAAAGUGUAGUACUGAUUCAUCGUUGGCCAUAUGUCAGACUACUACAGGGAAGCACCUUUCAUUCCACAAAAUUGCCCCAAAAGUGACAAGUAUUCGCUCAAUACGAUGA